ACGUCACGAGGGAGGCUGAAGCGCCAAAACACAGGGGGACGUAGACGUUACCGAUGACGUCACCACACCCGCAUCAGCAUCACUCACACAUCGCCGAGUGCGCAGCUUGUGCAAACGAGCAAGCAGCCAACCAGCCGGCGCGAAACACUGCGUCUCCCGGGGCCGCGUGUGUGCGUCUCAUUCGCUACAUGAGGAUCUAAAGGCGCCAUAACAAUUCCCGCGGAGGCUUGGCGGGAGAGACACUAGAACCAUGGACGUCGUGGAAACGCGCAUUUUUCUGCCACUCGCAAUUCUAAUAAUCAGCCGUUGCCACGCUCUUCUGGACAGUCUUCUGGAAGACAACAUCUCAGUUUCCUCCUGUGAUUUCGAAGCACCUUGCCUAUGGACUUUGUCAAAUCACAGCAACCAAAGUGACUGGUCGCUGGUGUCUGCGCUGCGACUGGAGAGCACACAGCAGACAGCUUUCCAGCCUGAGGCGGACCACUCGGAGGGGAGCGCUGAUGGUCAAUUUCUGCUCUUAAGCCCCGCCCCUGAUUCCAAAGUGGCAGGGAGUUGUGAGUACCACUUAACCAGCCCAGUCAUAACCAGAGGAGAAGACCUAUGUGUUUUGUUAUUUGCUGUGUACGAGUCGUCACCAACAGCAGGGGACCUCUUGGUCCUGAUCAAACCCCUCACCUCCAGUUCAUUCGCUGACGCCAUUGUCGUCCAUCCUGAGAGACAAAAAGACACCAGGACUGAGUGGGAAACAGUGGAGAUUUUUAUAGGCCAAAUGGACCAGCCCUUCCAAGUCACCCUGAGUUACACUGGGUGUGUGGAGGACGGAGCCAUUGUGGCUCUUGACUCUCUGCAGUUCUUAGUUUGUGAGCUAGAUGACGAGGAUCAUGCCUUCAAACCAGACGUGGACUGUGGCGAUCAUUUCUACUGUAAAAACCCUGAAUAUUGCAUCGACCAAAAGCAAGUGUGCGAUUUCCACACUGAUUGCCCCCUAGGAGAAGAUGAGGGUUUCAUCUGUGGUGCACUUCCAUUUGGCUCACACUGCUCAUUUGAGCAGGAUGCUUGCGGUUGGUCGGUGUCCAAGCUGCACUCAGCCUGGAGGAGGGUGGCCAGUGAUGAGCUUCUGCAGAAAGAAGACAUGCAGGGUCUCACCCUGAAAAGUACUCCAGGACACUUCUUGUUUCUGGAGAUAAGACCGAGACAUUCCCUGCAGGAGGCAUCUGUUCAGAGCCAUUUUUUUCUUCCUCCUGUCUCCAAUAAGACUUGCCAGAUGCGUUUUUCCUUUCACCUGUUUGGCCGCUUCAAUGGCUCCUUGUCUGUGGCUUUGGAGGAAAAUGGGACCGCCACUGCACCCCUGGUUUGGGAGAUAAAGAGCCCUUCAAAGGAUGACUGGGAGGAUGUUGUCCUGCCGUUGACUGGACUUCAUCAUGAGUUUAGUGUUAAAGUGACAGCUGUUUGGCUCCAAGGCUCCAAUGCUGAUGUUGCCCUGGAUGAUUUCGCAAUAGGUGCAACCUGCUUUGACACAGAUCUCAACGCUUUUCUGCUCAUGGCCGACCUGAGGGAUUUCUUAAGUCCACUCGCAGAGCCUUCGUCAUCAGAUGUGUCUCUGAUGACCUGGUUUUUUAACUCAUGUGGCGCGAGUGGUCCUUACGGGCCCACACAGGCCCAGUGUGACAGUACCUACAGGAACAAAAAUGUCAGCGUGACUGUGGGGAAAGAAGGGCCCUUGAAAGGAGUCCAAAUGUGGAAGGUCCCUGCCACCAACCGGUACCUGAUCUCUGCCUACGGGGCUGCGGGAGGGAAAGGAGCCAAAACCCACAAUAAACGCAAUCACGGCAUUUUCAUUUCGGCUGUGUUCCCUCUGGAAAAAGGGGAUUUACUCUACAUCCUCGUGGGUCAUCAAGGAGAGGACGCAUGCCCUGGAAGAAAUAACCAAACCCAGGAGAUUUGCCUGGGGGAGUCUUCUGUGAUCGAAGAAGGCCUGCAAGCAGAGCCUGGCGCAAAGUGGGCUGGCGGAGGAGGUGGAGGAGGAGGAGCGACCUACAUCUUUAAGGUGGAGGGUGACGAGCUGGUUCCCUUGAUGAUUGCGGCUGGAGGAGGAGGAAACGCCUACAUGGAAGACCCGGAGACCAGUCUGGAUCAGAUACCCCUUGAGCAGUUUGAAAACAGCACCAAAGCCCCCAGUACCAACGGCCAAACCGGCAGGGCAGGUGGAGGUGGAGGCUGGAAGGACAGUCCCGUCGCUGACCCCGUGGCAGGCGGGUCCCUGGUGGAGGGCGCCAAGGGGGGUGCAGCGUGCGAUUUGGCCCAGUCGAAACUGGGCUGGACCACCUACGGGGGUUUUGGAGGCGGAGGUGGUGCCUGCACUUCUGGAGGAGGCGGAGGCGGGUACAGAGGAGGUGACGCUGCACUAACGGACGACAUCACAGCUGAUGGCCGCGAUGGAAUCUCCUUCAUCAACCCGAUUGGUGAAAUUUACCUGCAGCCUCUGGCAGCUAUGGAGAGUCACGGCGAGUGUGAGAUCAAGGUGCAGCUCAACUGCAGCCACUGCCAGUCACAAAGCUGCAGGCGUGAUGAAGUUACCCACCUCAUACUCUGCCUGUGCCACGCCGAUGAGUUCCUGGCCGGCGAUAACGUCACAUGCAUUGGUACAGUAGCAGCUCCUCAAGUCCCACCUCCACAGGGCCACAUGUCGACCACGUUGAUCCUGGCUGUUGUCACCUCCACCGUCGUCAGCGGAGUCGCGUUGAUCUGCGCCGGCGUCCUCCUCAUGUGGCACCGUUGGAAAAACGAUCUGCAGGCAGUGAGGGGCCGCCUCCAGAGUCCCGAGUACAAACUGAGCAAGCUGCGCUCCUCCACCAUCAUGACGGACUAUAACCCCAACUACUGCUUCGCCGGGAAGGCAGCGGGGCUCAACGAGCUGAAGGAAGUGCCGCGCAAAAACAUCUCGCUGCUCAGAGCUCUCGGCCACGGCGCCUUUGGUGAAGUGUAUGAGGGUCAGGUCCUCGGCAUGAGCGCUGAUAACAGCCCAAUGCAAGUGGCCAUAAAGACCCUUCCAGAGAUCUGCUCUGAACAGGAUGAGAUGGACUUCCUCAUGGAGGCACUGAUCAUGAGCAAGUUCAACCACGAGAACAUUGUACGCUGUAUCGGCGUCAGUCUUAACAUCCUACCUCGUUUCAUCCUCCUGGAACUCAUGACGGGAGGAGACAUGAAGACCUUCCUGAGAAAGAACAGACCUCAGCGUGGCCAAAUUCCUCCCCUCAGCAUGCACGAGCUGCUGCAAAUGGCGAGAGACAUUGCACGUGGGUGCCGUUACCUGGAGGAGAACCACUUUAUACACAGAGAUAUUGCUGCAAGGAAUUGCCUGCUCACCUGUCCCGGACCGGAAAGGGUGGCCAAGAUUGGAGACUUUGGCAUGGCCCGAGAUAUUUACAGAGCCAGCUACUACAGGAAAGGUGGUCAUGCCAUGCUGCCUGUCAAGUGGAUGCCACCUGAGGCCUUCAUGGAAGGAAUCUUCACCUGCAAGACCGAUACAUGGUCAUUUGGGGUACUGCUAUGGGAGAUCCUCUCUCUGGGUUACAUGCCGUACCCUUGUAAGACCAACCAGGAGGUGCUGGAGUUUGUCACCAGUGGAGGCAGGAUGAACCCUCCAGAGGGCUGCCCGGGCCCUGUCUAUCGGAUCAUGACCCAGUGUUGGCAACAUUGUCCGGAACAUCGGCCCAACUUCUCCACUAUACUCGAGAGAAUCAACUAUUGCACUCAGGACCCAGAUGUGAUCAGUACACCGCUCCCAGUGGAAUAUCGGCCCACCGCAGACGACGGCGGCGGCGUAGCCAUCCGCCCCUCUAAUCACACGCCCGGCAACUUCACUCCCCUCCCCAUCUCCUUGGAUUCCUCCUCUUCCUCCCAGCUUGGCCACCUGGCGCCCUCGGCUCUUCUCUCGCAGCCCGCCAAGCCUUGCCUCUUCCUCCAGAGAAGCCAGCCCAUUCAGCAGGAGGCGACGUCGUGCCGAGACGUUCUCCCAGAGAAGGAGCCCAUCCCGCCGGCUCCUGGGGGCCGCUGGCUCCACCCUGAGCCUCCCCUGCAGCUACCCAAAAACGGCUUUUCCUCUGGGAGCCAGCGGCUGAAGAACAAAACUAAGAAUUUGUGGAACCCGACGUACGGCUCUUGGGUUUUGGAUAGCUUCAUGUUGAAGAAAACCCUGGCUCCCACUCAGUCCGUUCCCCUCUCAAGCCCCCCGUCUACUUCCUGCAGCGCACCAGCUGUUCAGUCCGGCAGUGCAGGCACAGAGUCCAACCAGGCUGGCGGUGAAACCUCCAAACCUCCCGGCUUCUGCUCUUCUACAUUGCCUCCCCGCCAGGGUCCAAUCUCACCCAACGGGGACUCCAAUAAGAGCCAAAACAGCGCCGGGCAGUCAACGGGCGCCACGGACCUGGCGAAGUUCCACAGUUUCACCUGCGGUAACGUCAACUACGCCUACGACGAGCAAAGCUACGAGGCCGAGAGCUUGCCCUUGGUGGUUCAGACUAAAGCUCCGGACGUCCUCAAAAACACCAUCUCUGCCCCCAGCGUCUCCUCGGGCUUCGGGCUGUCCCUGGGCCUGAACGCGUCCUCCUCCUUCUGCAUGCCCAAGCUGCUGCUCAAGCGCCACGCAAGCUACGGACACGAGGACGUGAGACGACACGCAAAAGCUGAGAAGCCCACGCGAGACCGAGACUCUGGGUUCUCUCUGUCCGAAGACCUGAGCGUCACCCCGAUCUAGGACUGAACCUCUACUAGGUUUUGUGGGUAAACAUCAUUCAUUGACAAACACAGCCUUGUUAAAGUAGCAGCUUUUAACCGCAUGAUGUGACAUUAAAAAAAGAAAAAAACUAAAUUAUUUUGACCAAGUACAACCUCAGGAAAAAACUUGCCUCUCCAAGUACCAACAUAGUGACCAAUAUUAAAAUACAGUAGCAUAAUAGGCCUAAUUAAUUAUUAAAAACAAGGCAGAGGUUUAAUUUAACAAGUAUAUUUAAUGUUUGGCCCCUGUAACAUUACACACAGUGUGAACAGUAACACUGUGUUUCAGUAUUUAAUCAAGUGAUUAUUUGGCGUACCACUAGUGGUACAUGUGCCACAGCUUGACACAGAGCACACGCUGUGCAAAGGGCCCCGCGAUGCAUUUUGUACAAAAAUUGUCAAAUAAUUAACCAUAUUCCUAGCCCCUUCCUGCUCCAUCACUGAAGUGAAGUGAAUAUUUGUAUAGCCCUUUUUCUCUAGUGACUCAAAGCGCUUUACAUAGUGAAACCCAAUAUCUAAGUUAAAUUUAAACCGGUGUGGGUGGCACUGGGAGCAGGUGGGUAAAGUUUUGGCAGUGAAGCGGGGAUCAAACCUGGAAAACCUCAAGUUGCUGGCACGGCGACUCUACCAACCGAGCUGUACCGCCCCAUCGCUGUUAAAAAUAUGAUGGCAACUUUCCCCAGCCAUUCUCACUGUCUCAGGUGGAAGAAAGUAAAAAUUAUGUCAAAUUUGUUAUUUUUCACAACAACAAAAAAGUAUUAUUGAACAGUUUUAAUUUUAGUACAAAAAUGCAUCAUAUUAUUCAAAAAGUAUAAAAAUUGUUUCACUAAAAGUGUGAAAAAGUUAUGUAAAAGUUUGAGGAAUUCCUCAAAAUAAAAUUCUGUUCCAGGCCCCAGUGUGCUUGUCGAAGCCCCUUUUCCCUGAAUAAUAUCACACAUUUGAGGCUUAUUUUACUCCCCAAAAAACAGAUUUAGUCCUCCGUCUCAACUAAAAAUGUAGUUUUUCUUCCAACUUUGGAAUUUGUUUUUCUUAAGCUACUGGACCUCAACUAAUGUCUUCCAGGGGAAAAAAUAUGUCAAAUUUGUCAUUUUAACCAACAAAAAUAUUAUUGAACAGUUUUAAUUUUAGUACAAAAAUGCAUCAUAUUAAAUUCAAGUUUGAUAGAAAAAGUAUAAAAAUUGUUUCACUACAAGUGUGAAAAAAAUUCUGUAAAAAUUUGAGGAAUGCCUCAAAAGAAAAUUCUGUUCCAGGCCCCAAUUUAGCUAAAUGUGUGCAUGUCGAAGCCCCUUUUGCUUGAAUAAUAUCACACUUUUGAGGAUUAUUUUACUCCCCAAAGAACAGAUUUAGUCCUCCGUCUCAACUAAAAAUGUAUUUUGUCUUCAAACGUUGGAAUUUGUUUUUCUUCAGCUGCUGGACCUCAACUAAUGUCUUUCAGGGGAAAAAAUAUGUAAAAAUUCUCAUUUUUCCCCAACAAAAGUAUUAUUGAACAGUUUUAAUUUUAGUACAAAAAUGCAUCAUAUUCAAGUUUGAUAGAAAAAGUAUAAAAAUUGUUUCACUAAAAGUGUGAAAAAGUUCUGUAAAAGUUUAAGGAAUGCCUGAAAAUAAAAUUCUGUUCCAGGCCCCAGUUUAGCCAAAUGUGUGCUUGUCGAACCCCCUUUUGCCUGAAUAAUAAUUUUACUCCCCAAAGAACAGAUUUAGUCCUCCGUCUCAACUAAAAAUGUAUUUUGUCUUCCAACUUUGGAAUUUGUUUUUCUUAAGCUGCUGGACCUCAACAAAUGUCUUCCAGGGGAGACUUGCAUUACAUUUUGACAAACCGCCGCUCUAACAGAACAGGCUUUUUUUUUCUUCCUCUUCUCAGUACACUAGUUUUGGUGUGGCUAAGCCAGAGCCCAGACCUAAAUUCUAGAGCUUGUGCACAAGAUUUGCUUUUAAAUGAAUUGUAAAGGGGAGGGUGUCACAUAUAUACAAUACACACACACACAAAAAAGAAAAACAAGUUAGAUAUCUGUCCACAGCGAUGGUGGUAAUAGUUCAAUAAACAAAUAAAAAUAGUAACAAAAAAUAAAAUAAAACAAAAAAGGCAGACAUUGCAUUGAUUAGCCAUCAAUCUAUGCAAAGUAUGCUAUAAAUAAAUGUAAUUAUAAAAAGGAAAUGGGAACAUUGCCUACACAACAACACAUACAUAUUUUUCUUCUGUUGUAAUUGUUACGCUUGACUGUGAGGUGUAACCGUUAUUAUUGUCCAGCCGGAAACAUCCCAGUAAAGGAUGGUGUAACAAUAAUGAUGUCCGGGUGGAAAUCGGGAGAAAUUUAAGAGAAUGGCUGACCCCGGAGAUUUUCGGGAUAGGUACUGAAAUUCGAGACUCUCCCGAAAAAAAUCGUGAGAGUUGGCAAGUCUGCUGUUAGUAACUAUUUUUAUUAUGGGCCUGUCGCGAAUCAUAGAGCCUACUCACAGCUCCCAAUAAGUCGUACCAUGCUAAUGUUUUUGCUAACAUUUUGACUAAUUUUAUUCAUUUGAACCUAAAAAUUAUGAAUGUUGAAGCUUGGCACCAUUUUACAUGUAUGCUAACUUUUCCUAUGUUUCUAUGCUAAAGUUUUAGCUCAUUUUAAUCAAUGAAUAGUAAAGAUCAAAGAUGUUGUACUUGACGCUUUCUCAGGGGUAUUCUGAUUGCUCCUUUGUUCACAUUAACAUGCUAACAUUAUAUGCUAGCAAUUUAGCUAAGAAUUUUUGUUUAAACAAAAAAAAUCAUGCAUUUUGACAUCCGGCAUCAUCUUGCAAAUGUGGUAACGUUUUCUGUUAGCAAUGGCUAAUAUGCUUGCAAUUGAAAUUAUGUUAAUUAAACCUAAAAAUCAUGGAUUUUAAUACUUGACAAGUAUGCAUAUGUUUUCUGUUUGCAUGCUAAUGUUAGCAUGCAAAUUCUUUAUGCUAGCAUUUUCACUAAUUUGUUUAGACAUAAAAAUAAUGGACUUCCUUACUAGGUGACGGCUUCUUUGUUAGCAUGCUAACAUUUAAACAUUAUUAUGCUAACCUUCGGAUAGUAACUUUUUUUCAGUUAAUUUGCUUUAAAACAACUGCCCAAAAUGGACGAAGUCGGUCUUCAAGCAAUGCUGGACUGAGGUUCACAACACAGACAGCAGGCCCAUCAGAAUCUCCCUGGGAAUUUUAUUUUUUUAUAUUUUUUACUGUAGUUAUAUUAUAUUGUAUCAAAAAGCUGCUAUUUGAACGAGACUGUUGUUUAAUUUUGCAUUGCAAUGCUGGUAUACAAGAAACUCUCACACAUUCUUCUGCGCUGUGAUAAGUCCGAGAGCUGUACUCUUUUUCUUUCUUUGGACGUUUUUCUCUCAUGCUUCCUCUUCCAAACAUUGUCUCCAAGAUGCUGAAAUGUAGACAUUUUAAAGCUUCAGACUUUUAAUUCACUGAGCACACACACACACACACACACACACAAAACUACUACAGUACGAUAUUGUGUAUUUUUCUACUAAGAACUUCGGUCAAAGAAAAAAACAUUUUAAAGACAAGUAGGCUAACGAAGCAUUUCAUCCACAUUUACUGCUAUUGUUAUGGAGACGUCAUACUAUUAACUAUCAGAACCCACAGUUGGUGGCUGUAGGUUUGGGAUUUUGGUACUAUGUUGGUUUGUUUUCUCCAAUAUAUUCUUUAAAUUUG